AUGGUAACUGAUAAACUUAUAAUAGAUUUUGAUGUUGGGUGUGAGAUAAACGCAGAAAUCGUGAGUGUUAGAAGGGACCUAAUUAUCACGCGAAGAAACAAAAUGGCGGCAACGAAGCGCUUGGUUGCGCUGUGUAUCCUCUUGCUGCACGCGGGGGCGAUGGCGCAGAGGAGACUGGGCGCCUUCCGCGAGGUCUUCGCUUGGAAGCAGAUGACCUUCGACAUCGACGGCGAUGCAAUCGUUGAAGAUCGCUAUGGAGAUACGUCAUCGAGCUCUGGAGGUCCGCUGUUCAAUUACCAAAGCUCCGGUGGGAUGUUCGACCAAGGUCCGAUGAUGAUGGGGCAGGGUUUUGAUGACGUCACGACCACAGUGAGGCCAGCCGAUGAACGUGGGAGAUUCUUCAUUCAGUAUAACAACGUUCCGAUGGGAGUGGAGCGAGUUGGUGACAGAUUACUUGUGGCCCUUCCAAGAAGACGUUAUGGUAUACCCGCAACUCUGAACUACAUCGAUCUGAACACGGAAUCCAACAAACGCUCGCCGGCGCUCAAGCCGUACCCGGAUUUCAAGCGGUCGAGGAACCUGACGUCUGUCUACCGAACCAGAGCCGACGACUGCGGUAGACUCUGGAUGGUUGACACGGGGCUACUUGAGAUACCAGGCGCUCCGCAGCAGGUGCAAACGCCGGCCAUUGUGAUAUACGACCUGAGCACCGACCAGCAGAUCCUGAGGUAUCCGUUCAAGAGCUCCGACACCCCGGCAGCGAACACGCCGACAGGUCUGGCCUCCAUAACUGUUGACACGUCGGAGGGCUGCGCCAACGCCUUCGCCUACGUACCGGACCUCACAACCUUCGGCCUCAUAGUGUUCUCCCUGCGGGAUAACGACAGCUGGCGUCUCACUCACAACUUCUUCCAUCUCUCUCCCACGGCCGGUAACCUCAGGAUCGCUGGUCAGAACUUCCAAUGGAGUGAUGGCAUCUUCAGCCUGACCCUGACGGAGGAGGGCCGCGACGGCUGCCGCACCGCCUACUUCCACCCGUUGAUCAGCAUCGAGGAGUUCUCCGUCUCCACCUGCGUGCUGAAGAACCGCACCGCCAGCCAGGACAGCAGAUUCUGGACUAUGUUCUCGAAAGUGGGCGACCGCGGCGAGGACAGCCAGUGCACCAUGCACGGCUACCACGCCGGCACCCACGUGGUGUUCUUCGCCGAGAUCGGCAGAGACUCCGUCUCCUGCUGGAACACGGGCCGAGUUCUGAGGCCGAGCAACGUGGCGAUCCUCGCUCAGGACCGGCAGGCGAUGAGCUAUCCGUCGGAUCUCCACGUGACUGGCGAUGAAGUAUGGGUGAUGGCAAACACUUUACCGAGAUUCGGUUAUUCAAGGUUGGACGUGAACGAAUACAACUUUUUCGUUUAUAGGGGUAACGUGCGGGAACUGAUCACUGGAACCGUUUGUGACAACGGAUUCAAUCGA